AUGCGCACAUUCUUCUACACGGUCAGUCUCAGAAUAGUUACUUUGGCGGCAAAGCUUGUCCGAAGUUUCACAGAGUUGGGAUGCCUACAUAGUGCUCGAUCAAUUGCGGAUGAGAUGACCAACCCCAAUGCAUUCGUCUGGACAGCACUAAUCAGAGGCUACUCACAACAUGAUGAACCAGAAUUCCAGUUUAAAGAAGUCUUCUCAUUAUACAGAAGAAUGCGGCGAUGCUCUCCGUCAAUAGAACCACUGACGUUCACAGUGUCAUCGGUGCUGAAAGCCUGCGCACGAGCUUCAGCUUUGAGUGAAGGAAUGCAAGUGCAUGCUAAUGCUUUUAAGCAUGGAUUUCAGUUUGAUGCUUCCGUUCAGACUGCACUCAUUGGUUUCUAUGGGAAGUGUCGGAGAAUGCCAGAUGCGCAGCAGGUGUUUGAUAAAAUGCAAGCUGCCGGAGUUAGAGACAUACAUGCAUGCAACACGGUGAUAGCACGGUAUGCAGAGGCCGGAGACAUGGACAGUGCCCGCCAUCUGUUUGAUAGAAUGCCGCAAUGGAACACAUUCACAUUAGUAGAGAUGAUCCAAGGGUAUGCAGCAAUUGGCCAGAUGGAACACGCCCAGGGACUCUUCGAAACGAGCUUAGCUCCCGGAGAUCACAAUGCGGUCGUCUGCACGGCAAUUAUCUGCGGUUAUUCAAAGUGCGGGGACAUAACAUCUGCACGAUCAGUAUUCGACAAAAUGACCGACAGAGAUGUUGCGUCUUGGAAUGCGAUGAUCACUGGCUAUACACACUCUGAUCACCCAGAUGAUGCAUUAGACCUCUUCCGGGCAAUGCUCAAUAGCAAUACCAAGCCAAACAGAGCCACCAUUGCUACAAUCGCCUCUGCGUGCGCGCAGCUAGGAUCUCGGAACACAGCAAGAGCAUUGCAGCACUAUGUUGACCAUCAUGGCUCUGAGCUAAUGAACAGACACACAGUAGCAGCUCUCGUCGAUCUCCACGCGAAAUGUGGGGAUCUCCAGAAAGCACGCGAGGUGUUCGACCAUUGGCCACACAGAGACUUGAUAUGUUAUAGCUCAAUGAUCGCCGGGUUUGGGAUUCACGGCCAUGGCGAGGAAGCAAUGAGAGUGUUCGAUGAUCUCAUAGCGGCUGGAUUGAAACCUGAUAGCAUCGUCUUUGUUUCAGUGCUCACAGCUUGUAGUCACGCUGGAAUGGUGAAGGAGGGCCGGAGAUACUUCGAGGCGAUGAAGAAGGAGCACGGGAUUGCUCCAAGCAUGGAGCACUAUAUGUGCAUGGUGGACAUGCUCGGGCGAGCAGGGUUGGUGGAGGAGGCGAGGAGGUUGAUCGCGGAGGAGAUGUGCAGGAGAGGUGUUCGACCGAGUGCCGGAGUGUGGGGAGCGUUGCUGAGUGGGUGCCGGAGCCAUGGGGAGGUGGAAGUGGGGGAGGAGGCGGCGAGGAGGUUGAUGGAGAUGGAGCCGGAGAAUGCGGGGAACUAUGUGUUGUUGUCGAACAUAUAUGCGAGGGCGGGGAGAUGGGAGGGAGUAGCGAAGGUCAGGGCGAUGAUGAGAGGGCGGGGGAUGAAGAAGCCACCCGGGUGGAGCUCGGUGGAGGUGGGAGGCGGUGGUCGGAGGUUUGUAAUCGGAGAGGUUUGUGAGACGGAGGUUGAGAGGAUGAUGGACUUGUUGGCAUGGGAGUUGAAGGUGGAGGGAUAUUUGAGUGAAUUUGUGGAGCUUGAAUAA